AUGGGCCGUUUUCUUCUGUUGAAAGGGGCAAGCCUGACGCUGAUCGUAAUACUCAGUGUUCCUGCUCUAAACGCUCGCAUUGCCGGUUUCAAGGAAAGUAAUUCCAGUAUUACUCGCUGCGAAACUCUGGAUUAUCUGAAGUGCGGGGACAACCAUCCCGAUGGCGUUCCAUGCAUUCCGGAAAUCCGCGAUUGUGAAGUUCCUGAACCAGGAAAACGUGCUCACUGCUUUGCCCUGUGGAAGCCUGGAAACGGUUCUGGAGAUGUCAUUCAGCCUUUGAAGAAAGGUUGUUGGCUGGACAGUAAAGAAUGCUAUGAUCGAUUCGAGUGCAUUGGAACAAGGCGCCAUACGAAAGGGGACAUGAAUUUUUGCUGCUGCGAAGGAGAUUUAUGCAACAAGCACCUAUCGUUUGACCCGACAUCACCAGAAGAGCUAGAAGAUUCUAUUCGAAAUUAUCCAUUCGGCUUGCCGUCCUCCUAUCAUGAAAGCGAUGUGGCGGAUCAUCCUUCCGGAUUCACCAUCUCGCUGUACAUCAUUUUGGGCGCAUUAGUUAUUUCUGUGGGCUUGAUAGUUUUGCUUCUUUACCGUCGACAAAAACCGAUGCAGUAUUUCGACCAGAUCCCGGUCGAGACAGCCAUAUCACCGUUCCCACCGACACUGAAGCCACAUGUACUAGCUGCUAUUGCCUCUAAUGGUCCGUAUCGUGGAGGUCCGAUUUUUGAUUCCAAUGGAGAUAUUCAACCGGAAUUAAAUUCUGCGAACAACACUCAUUUUCUGGAGCUGAAAGCACGUGGACGUUUCGGUGCUGUGUGGCGUGCUCAAUGUGGCAACCGCAUUAUUGCUGUGAAAACCUUUUCGAUUCAGAAUCUCUAUUUAGACUUACUGGAGACUGGACAAGAUGAUAGGGAAAAGGAGUCAUGGAAGCGUGAAUUGGAAAUUUAUGGCCUCCCGAAUAUGAAGCAUCCAAAUGUGUUGGAAUUUCUGGGAGCAGAAAUUCGUGGAGAAGGUUUGCAGCGGGAAUUCUGGAUUUUAUCGACGUUUCACGCGGAUGGGUCCUUGUGUGACUUUUUGAGAUCCGGAUAUUCUGAUCUUCUCAAGCACAUGAAAAACUCAAUUUAUCCUGGAUUUUCUUUCAAGUCUCAUACCGUCACUGUGGAACAACUCACCACGAUUCUAACCGGCCUGACGGCUGGAUUGAAUCAUUUGCACGACGACAUGUGUGCUGGUCACAGUUCAAUCGGAAAUUCCGGUUUUAAACCGAGCAUUGCACAUCGGGAUUUCAAAUCCAAAAACGUUUUGGUGAAAUCAGACUUAACAGUGUGUGUUGCGGAUUUCGGACUGGCUCUUGUGUUUUAUCCUAAUCGCAACAUCGGAGAUGUUCAUGGACAGGUUGGAACAAAACGGUACAUGGCCCCGGAAGUGCUGGAAGGUGCCAUCAACUUCACCAGGGAUUGUUUCUUGCGUAUUGAUAUGUACGCUUGCGGUUUGGUCAUGUGGGAAGUGCUUAGUCGUUGCGUUGAUUGUUACGAAAACGAAAUGCCGGAGUAUCGAAUGCCUUUCGAAGAAGAGUUGGGUCUACAUCCUACACUUGAAGAAAUGCAAGAUGCUGUCGUUGGACGCGGAAUGAGGCCAAAAAUUCCGCCGGUCGCGUUGACACACCCUGUAUUAUCCCAAUAUUGCGCCACGAUGGAGGAAUGUUGGGAUGCGGACAUCGAAGCUCGCCUCUCCGCGUCAUGCGUUGGAGUUCGAAUCGCGAACAUGUCUCGUGGAUCAAAUCAUCGUUACACUGAUACUAGCUACGUGCCGAGUAGCGGAGCCGUGGGUGUCGUAAGAGGUGUCAGCGGCAUGUCGAUAAGUGGCGAGUCUACUUUGACGACGUCCUUGUUGCUGUCGUCAGCGGAGAAUAGCGCGUCAAAUGAUACAGGUCUUGGUGCUCCGAGAACACUGCACUUCUCAGGCUCUAGUGGUCCUCCUCCUUACGCUUUGCGGGAUGGACCGCCCAGGGCUAUUUAA